AUGGUCCAUGUGUUCAGUGUUAGCGUGUUCAGUGUUAGCGUGUUCAGUGUGAGCGUGUUCAGUGUGAGCGUUUUCAGUGUUAGCGUGUUCAGUGUUAGCGUGUUCAGUGUGAGCGUGUUCAGUGUGAGCGUUUUCAGUGUUAGCGUGUUCAGUGUUAGCGUGUUCAGUGUGAGCGUGUUCAGUGUGAGUGUGUUCAGUGUGAGCGUGUUCAGUGUGAGCGUGUUCAGUGUGAGCGUUUUCAGUGUUAGCGUGUUCAGUGUUAGCGUGUUCAGUGUUAGCGUGUUCAGUGUGAGCGUGUUCAGUGUUAGCGUGUUCAGUGUGAGCGUGUUCAGUGUGAGCGUUUUCAGUGUUAGCGUGUUCAGUGUUAGCGUGUUCAGUGUUAGCGUGUUCAGUGUGAGCGUGUUCAGUGUGAGUGUGUUCAGUGUGAGCGUGUUCAGUGUGAGCGUGUUCAGUGUGAGCGUGUUCAGUGUGAGCGUGUUCAGUGUGAGCGUGUUCAGUGUUAGCGUGUUCAGUGUGAGCGUGUUCAGUGUGAGCGUGUUCAGUGUUAGCGUGUUCAGUGUGAGCGUGUUCAGUGUUAGCGUGUUUAGUGUGAGCGUGUUCAGUGUGAGCGUGUUCAGUGUGAGCGUGUUCAGUGUUAGCGUGUUCAGUGUUAGCGUGUUUAGUGUGAGCGUGUUCAGUGUGAGCGUGUUCAGUGUGAGCGUGUUCAGUGUGAGUGUUUUCAGUGUUAGCGUGUUCAGUGUUAGCGUGUUCAGUGUGAGUGUUUUCAGUGUUAGCGUGUUCAGUGUUAGCGUGUUCAGUGUUAGCGUGUUCAGUGUUAGCGUGUUCAGUGUUAGCGUGUUUAGUGUGAGCGUGUUCAGUGUGAGCGUGUUCAGUGUGAGCGUGUUCAGUGUGAGCGUGUUCAGUGUUAGCGUGUUCAGUGUUAGCGUGUUCAGUGUUAGCGUGUUCAGUGUGAGCGUGUUCAGUGUGAGUGUGUUCAGUGUGAGCGUGUUCAGUGUUAGCGUGUUCAGUGUGAGCGUGUUCAGUGUGAGCGUUUUCAGUGUUAGCGUGUUCAGUGUUAGCGUGUUCAGUGUUAGCGUGUUCAGUGUGAGCGUGUUCGGUGUGAGUGUGUUCAGUGUGAGCGUGUUCAGUGUGAGCGUGUUCAGUGUGAGCGUUUUCAGUGUUAGCGUGUUCAGUGUUAGCGUGUUCAGUGUUAGCGUGUUCAGUGUUAGCAUGUUCAGUGUUAGCGUGUUCAGUGUUAGCGUGUUCAGUGUUAGCGUGUUUAGUGUGAGCGUGUUCAGUGUGAGCGUGUUCAGUGUGAGCGUGUUCAGUGUGAGCGUGUUCAGUGUUAGCGUGUUCAGUGUGAGCGUGUUCAAUGUGAGCGUGUUCAGUGUUAGCGUGUUCAGUGUGAGCGUGUUCAGUGUGAGCGUGUUCAGUGUUAGCGUGUUCAGUGUGAGCGUGUUCAGUGUGAGCGUUUUCAGUGUUAGCGUGUUCAGUGUUAGCGUGUUCAGUGUUAGCGUGUUCAGUGUGAGGCGUGUUCGUGUGAGCGUGUUCAAUGUGAGCGUGUUCAGUGUUAGCGUGUUCAGUGUGAGCGUGUUCAGUGUGAGCGUGUUCAGUGUGAGCGUGUUCAGUGUGAGCGUGUUCGGUGUUAGCGUCUUCAGUGUGAGCGUGUUCAGUGUGAGCGUGUUCAGUGUGAGCGUGUUCAGUGUGAGCGUGUUCAGUGUGAGCGUGUUCAGUGUUAGCGUGUUCAGCGUGAGCGUGUUCAGUGUUAGCGUGUUCGGUGUGAGCGUGUUCGGUGUGAGCGUGUUCAGUGUGAGCGUGUUCAGUGUAAGCGUGUUCAGUGUGAGCGUGUUCAGUGUUAGCGUGUUCAGCGUGAGCGUGUUCAGUGUUAGCGUGUUCGGUGUUAGCGUGUUCAGUGUUAGCGUUUUCAGUGUUAGCGUGUUCAGUGUGAGCGUGUUCAGUGUGAGCGUGUUCACCUUGAGCGUGUUCAGUGUGAGCGUGUUCAGUGUCAGCGUGGUCAGUGUUAGCGUGUUCACUGUUGGCGUGUUCAGUGUUAGCGUGUUCACUGUUGGCGUGUUCAGUGUUAGCGUGUUCACUGUUGGCGUGUUCAGUGUCAGCGUGGUCAGUGUUAGCGUGUUCACUGUUGGCGUGUUCAGUGUUAGCGUGUUCACUGUUGGCGUGUUCAGUGUUAGCGUGUUCACUGUUGGCGUGUUCAGUGUUAGCGUGUUCACUGUUGGCGUGUUCAGUGUCAGCGUGGUCAGUGUUAGCGUGUUCACUGUUGGCGUGUUCAGUGUUAGCGUGUUCAGUGUUAGCGUGUUCAGUGUUAGCGUGUUCACUGUUGGCGUGUUCAGUGAGUGA